UAGCCAAGCUUAAGUAUAUACUAAUUAUCACUAAUUGGGUGACAUUUACUUGUUUCGUGGCGUGAAGCAAGCUCUAUAUGAUAUGGUUUGGUUGCAUCCACAAUUACGUUGAGAAACGAUUAGUUAUGGUUAUAAUAUAAAUGCUUAUUUCAUCAUGCAUAUGUGUUUCCAUAUUGUUCCAUGGAGAUUGUGAUGUGGGGUUGGGCCUACUUGGGCGGGUAGGACGAGCUGGUCGGGUUUCGGUUCCAUACCUUGUCGGUUCGAUUGAUCUAUUUUAUGUUGGGAUAAUCAAACUAGAAAUUAUUAUUGGUCAAGAACGUAGAGGAGGUAGGAUGAGCAGUUGGUCAGAUCUAGUAUGGAUCGUACAUGGACAGAACUGGUUGGUGAUUGGUUCACAGUUUACCAGGGUUCAAGAAGGCGCGCCUAGGCGCACGCCUAGGCUCAAUUAGGCGCUAGGCGGUGGAGGAUCGCCUUGACUUGGCCAUAGGCGUUAUAAAAGGCGCUGGUAGCGCUUAGUAGGUAGGAAUAGCGCUUAGUUUGCGCCUAGUGGAGAGAAGGCGUGCCUGGGCGUUCCUGGGCAAGCUUAGGCGGUAAAAUCCAAUACUCUUCGUUUUGUCCUAGAAAAUCAGAAACUUGCCUCUUGCCCUAGAAAAUCAGAAACACGAGAAGUAACAUCUGUUGCCGCCCUAGCUCUCACCCCAUUUGCUGCUCUCUAGCGCCGCAGGAGAAAGUCAUCGAUCACUCUUCUCGCCUUCACACCGCUCCGCUGCUAUAGUGGGAAAUAAAGUCAAAACUCGCCAAUUGUUGCUCCUUCCUUCUCCUCGGUACGUAGCACAAGCUUCUUGUCUCUAUAAGCACCUCUUAGCAGAUGAUUGGUCACUAUUUGCUUGUUAUUUGUUAUGUUAAGUGUUUACUGUUAAGAACUAGGCAUUGCUAAUUUUAUAUGCACUUGGAUUAUAUGAAUUAUUCCAGAAAACAGGAAAUAUUUGAGAAUUUUUGCAUUUAUGCUCUGAACGACUAGGCGCGCCUAGACUACGCCUAAUCGGGCAAGGCGCAAGUCAGGAGCCGAACGCCUGCCUUACGCCUAGCGCCUUUUAGAACCUUGCAGUUUACACGUUUUUAUCUUAUGCUUAAAUGAACCGUUGAUAUUGAAAUUCAAAGAGAUUGGAAUAGAGAACCUAUCGGCCAAGCUACUGCUUUUUAUUACCAUGUCAAGAACCGGUUGGUUGUAGUAACUUGAUUUGUUAGACCAAUUUUGAUACUAAGUUGAAAUUUACAAUGCUCAUAAACAUGAGUGCUUCCAGGUACGAAUUGAAUUUGUACCUCAAUAGGUACAAGCUGAAUUUGUACUAUAACGUUAAAGGUACAAAUAUAGUGUGUAUCAUAAAAAAUUUGUAUGACAAUAUAAAUGUAUAAUAUGAAAUUGUACCAUAAUGUUAAAGGUACAUGUUCAAUUUGUACCAUAAUUUUUUUUUUCUAAAUGAAAGCACUAGUGCUUAUGAGUUAUGAGCAUAGUUGCGAAGUUUAGUGCUGCAAAUAAGCUGCGUCGAGCCGAGUUUUGACAUAACUUGAGCUCAACUCGUUAAUAAAUGAGCUCGAACUCAGCUUCUUUAUUGAAACCUGACCGUGUUUGACUAGAACUCAACCCGAGCUCAGCUCAUUAUUGAGCUCACGAGCUCUACUUCAACUUGGCUCAUUAGUUCGCUCGAAAAAUCAAAUCAAAAUAAGGUAUCAAUUAUUUAGUUCAUAAAUUUUAAGUUCUCAUAUAAUGUUAUUCAUUAGUAAUUAGUAUGUAAGCAAUCUACGAUAUUUCUCUUUUAGAUUAUGAAUGAGACAAAUUUGUUGAUGAAAUCAAAGUCUUACACAAAAAUUGUGGUGAGAUAUAUACUAUAACAUACUUGUAAAUUAUUAACAAGCCAACCAUAAGCUAUAAAUCGGUUCGCUCAUAAGUCGCUGGUCAAGGUGGCUUCCCAACGUCGAGCUAACUCAUAACUCAAAAUUAGCUAGUUCGCGAGUUGAGCUCAACAAACCACCAAUUCAAGCUAGCUUGCUAGCAUUGCGAGCUAAACAAGGCUUCAUUCAUUCUCAACUCAUUUGUUUAACAAGCCAAGUAUUGUGCGAUUUUUCCCCAAAUCAAAUUGAACGACGAGCCGCUCAAAAGCAAGUUGGCUCAUUUACGAUCAUAGUAAAACUCAACAAAGAAAUUUUUAUAUAAUUCUCUCAUCAUUAUAAUAUAACUAGCACCCUAAACAAUCUUGAUUCAAUAUCAUCCUUGUUUUGGCUUUUGUAAAGGCUCAAUAGCUAAAUAGCUAUAAACAAAUAUGUAAACCCCAUCUCAUCUAAAUACUCUCCACUCUCAUGUCACCCUCAAACCAAUCUUUGUCAUUUUCUAAUUAGCCCCCUCCAAUCCAACACAAAAACAUAAUCAAACUUUUUUUUGAGUCAGAUUUUAUUUAAUUAAAAUAUUCCCUCCACAAAAAAAUUAAAAUAAAAUCACCAACAAAAUUACAAUAUAUUUGCAUGAAACCGUCCACGUGCCUUCACCCAUCCUCUGGCCUUUCUUAAAACCUAAGAAUUUCAAGCACAAGCCACCACACCCACCACUUCCCCCUUCCCUUCCUCUGGCAAUUUCCCCCAAAUUCCUUGAUUCCCAGCAGAACCCAUAAAUCCAAAUCCCUCAAUUGGUGUUUUAGAAUCCAAAAGAUUAAUCCUUUUAAAAAAGGGUACGAGGAAGGAAGAAGGAAACUGAAUAAUAAUAAGAUUCAGAGGCAGAGCAAGGCGAGAGAGAAGAAGAAGGCAAAAUAGAAGAGAGAUUCGGCGACUUUCCUGAAUCAGAAGCUCUCUCGUUUGUGGGGAAGAAAAGAAAAAGGCGAAGCUGCACCGACUCGGCGCUCUUCAACUCAGCUGGACCCAACUCACUCUCUUAUCUUCCUUCCAACUUGGGGUAACUUAUCCUUUUUUCCAUCUCCUUGGUUUUCUAAACUCGCUAUAUUGAGCUCGAAGUCCUCGCAUUUCCAGUACCUCGUCGAGAAUUCUUUAAUGGGGUUUCGAUGGUGUUUGUCCAACUGUUUAUGAAUGUAUCGGGCGGCGCACAACCUCCCUCGAUUAGCAAAACCCUAGGUUUCUGAUUCGUUCCCCUCAUUGGGCCUUUUCCCCCAUUUGUUUGACUGGGUUGUGUGCAUAAGAGCCUUUCUCCAUGGCAUUUGAUCACAACUUGGUUUCAAAAGAUCUGAGGCCGGUGAACGUUGCUCGGCCAUUGAUCGACGAUACCCGCAUUGGGGUGGUCGGGGGAAUGACGAACACCGCGCCUAAUUCAGCUACGGCGGGGGUGACGGUUAUGAGCCCUGAAUUUUUCACCGCCGCACCGGAGGGGACUAUUCCGAUUUACUACCAGGCAUCAGGGGUGCCGGAUUCUGGAGGGUUUGUUGGCGUAGGGUAUAGGAAUGUGGCACCGGCGGCCGUUGCACAGUGGGUCCCGGUGGCAGCAGCUGGUAAUGUAAAUAUUGGUGUGACUGCUCCAGCUGCUGUAGGGUACGGUUAUAAUCCUAAUAAUUUGGGGAAUAGGGUAGUGGGUAAUGCUGUUGAUCAAGCUAGUACUGAAAUGUUGGUAGGUGGAUUCGGUUAUAAUCCUCGUACCAGCCCCAAUUCGAACAACGAUAUGUUGAACUCGGGUUAUGGUUACAGCCCGAGCGCAUCCAAUCGGGGGAGUGGUGGUGGUGGUGGGGUUGAUCACACGAGUGAAGAUGGUGGCGAUGAUUCGGUGUCUGGGAAGAAAGUCAAGCUCUUGUGUAGUUUUGGAGGGAAGAUUCUGCCUAGACCGAGCGAUGGUGCAUUGAGAUAUGUUGGAGGGCAGACGAGGAUCAUCAGUAUGAGAAGAGAAAUGACAUUUGGUGAGCUGAUGCAGAAGAUGGUGGCCACAUACGGGCAACCGGUUGUUAUGAAGUACCAGCUUCCAGAGGAGGAUUUAGAUGCAUUGGUUUCAGUCUCAUGCCCUGAAGAUCUCGAUAACAUGUUGGAUGAGUAUGAGAAGUUGUUGGAAAGAUCCUCAGAUGGCUCUGGUAAAUUGAGGGUGUUCUUGUUUUCAGCUACCGAGCUCGAUGCUUCUGGUAUGGUGCAGUUAGGAGAUAUGCAGGAUAAUGGACAAAGAUAUGUUGAUGCAGUUAAUGGGAUUGUUGCUGACAAUGGUGGUGGUGGGAUGAUCUCAAGGAAGGAGAGUAUGGCUAGUGCUACCUCGACUCAGAAUUCAGAUGUUAGCGGAGCUGAAGCAGUUGACAUAUCAGGAUUUGGACAAGGGGAACUGAGUGGGACUCCAUCAGUCAGCGGGCUUUCUCCUAUGGGGAAUUCAGUUACCUCCCAAGAUACUACCCCGAGAUUGUUGUCUGUGGAUCCUAGUCCUAACCCACCACUUUAUGCUGACACAUCAUCAGUUUCUUUGGGGAUUCCACUGAUGAAGUCUGGUUCUCCUCCUGCUUUAAUUUCCCAGCACGAGGUUGAUUUUGAAAGGUCAGCUGCUCCGGUAAACAUGUCACAGCAGCAGAUGGGAUACGAGCUACCUCAAACAGGAAUGCCAUUUCAAUCAAAUGCACCUCAUCUUCCAGCAUAUAGGGACUAUGUACAUGCAGCUCCUCAAAUGGGAUACCCGAAUGCGCAAAUGUUUGCCACUGCUGGCGGGUCCCUGUUCACUCAACAACCGAAUCAUGAUGUUAAUGCUUCUCUGAGUUCUCAUCAGUAUAUGCCUGGAGUGCACAUGACAAUGGCACCCUCAUCGUCUCUUGCUCCCAUGAGGCCUACAAUGGUUCAAACCGUGAUGCAGGCUCAACCAACUCGAUUGGACCAUUAUCCGGAUGAAAAGAUGUAUGGAACAAGGAUAAUGCAGAUGCCGGUCGAUCCGAGCUACAACAUGUAUCAGGCACAGGCUCCACAGGCUCCACAGCCGGCAAUUCUUGGGGGAGGGUAUGGCUGGAGACAGGUUCCUCAACCGGAACAUGUCGUCUUUUCUGAUGGCAUGAUUCAUCAUCAACAAGUACAAUAUCCUGAAAAAACUUCAAGACCGGAUGAUUGUCUGAUGUGCCAGAAAGCAUUGCCUCAUGCACACUCUGAUCCUGUUGUACAGGAACAAAGUCCUCUAUCUAUAGACUCUGUCUAUCAUAGUCUUCGUUUGGAAGAAAGUUCGAAGAUUCGGCCUUUGAACAGGGUAAUGGUGACUGGGGCGUCAGGGGAAGGUACUGUUGGAGCUCAAUCAGAAGCAAUGGAUUUACCUCAGUGUGCUGAGGCAUUUCAUGAAGCCGAGAAAAUUUCCCCUAGGAAAAAGGAAGCUCCUCCAGAGCAACCUAAGAUGUCGGCUCCUCUUGGUAUGAUGGGUAUACAAGGUGAUGCUCAGUCUACUUAUGAGUUGUUAAUGAGUACUAUCCCUCCAUCUCGGGUAGAUGAUUCUCUUCAACAGCAGCAUGCAGUGGCAGUACCUCAUGUAGCUGUUGGUGGACCACCUCCUCAAGCUUCCGAAGGCAUGAUAUAUGAGUCUCCUAGAGCACCACAUGUUGGUAACCUUCCUCAUGUUGGUUCAAAAGAGAAUAUGGUUGACUCUUUUGUUCCACAUGACCAGCUGAAACCAAUUGAUGGCAACAAGUCAGCUACCGAUCAGAAAGCCCAGCAAGUAGUACCUUCAAGGGAGUUGCUUCCAGACUCGAAUUAUCUCAAAUCGGAAGUUCUGCCUGCUGCUGAAUUCUCAUAUCUACACAGCUCUCAGCCUAUUGAGCCAUAUGAUGUUGCUCAGCCGCUAUAUUCGGGUGAUCCGGGAGCACAUCUGCACUCCAUGGUUGGUGCUCUCUUGGAUUCUGGUGAUGUCAGUUGUGUCAAUCCACAAUAUGUUGUUGAGCCCGUGUAUCAUGCUGAUAAAGUCCUUCCUGUUGGCGAGAGCAAUUCUGAUAUAUCCAGGCUACUACCUAGUACUCUUGCCAGUGAUGUGGAAUCUUUAGCACUGAGUGGGAAUCCACCAUCUUCAGUAUCGCCGUCUAGUAGACUUGGAGAUGUGCAGGAAUCCUCAGACUCUCUUUUCAGCAUCCAGGAUCCUUGGAACAUGAGGCAUGAUACUCAUUUCCCUCCUCCUAAACCUCUCAAGAUUGCAACUAGGAAGGAUGCUUUCAGUGCUGGAGAUCCAUUCAAUGAAAACAACAUUGGUAACGCCGGGGAAUUGGGUCCAGAUGUGCUGUUGGAUGAUGGAAUUUCUCAGACACUAUGUGGUUCGGAGCAUACUCUAUCUUCCAAAGGCUCGGAGGAUAGGCUUAUCAAACAAGAACUUCAGGCUGUUGCUGAAGGAGUAGCUGCCUCUGUUUUUAAGUCAAGUACACCAAGUACCGACUUGACAGAUGAAAGAAAUCCAUCUCCUUUCGAAGCAAGUGAACAACCGAAGGAGGCUGCCCCGAUUAAAGACGUGGAAGCACAGCAUAAAGCUAAAGCUGAGGAUCUGAAGAACAGACAGGCGGAAAAGGUGAACGUGGGAUUUCCAAUGUCAGAAGGUGCAGGUCGCCUACAGAUUAUAAAGAGUGGUGACCUUGAAGAACUAUUUGAAUUGGGCUCUGGCACCUUUGGCACGGUUUACCAUGGAAAGUGGCGGGGUACGGAUGUUGCAAUUAAGCGGAUCAAUGACAGGUGUUUUGCAGGGAAACCUUCGGAACAAGAACGCAUGAUUGACGAUUUUUGGAAUGAAGCUAUCAAGCUUGCUGAUCUGCACCACCCAAAUGUGGUAGCUUUUUAUGGGGUUGUACUAGAUGGCCCUGGAGGUUCAGUUGCAACUGUGACUGAGUAUAUGGUUAAUGGCUCUUUGCGGACUGCUUUGCAGAAAAACGAGAGGAGCCUUGACAAACGUAAGCGCCUGUUGAUCGCCAUGGAUGUGGCUUUUGGUAUGGAAUAUCUGCAUGGGAAAAAUAUAGUGCAUUUUGACCUAAAGAGUGACAAUCUGCUAGUUAAUCUUAGAGAUCCGCAUCGUCCGAUAUGCAAGGUUGGCGAUCUGGGCUUGUCGAAAGUAAAAUGUCAAACGCUAAUCUCUGGUGGUGUAAGGGGAACACUUCCAUGGAUGGCACCCGAGCUUUUGAAUGGCAGCAGCAGCCUUGUCUCCGAGAAGGUUGAUGUGUUCUCAUUCGGCAUCGUGUUGUGGGAGCUUCUGACUGGGGAAGAGCCAUAUGCAGAUUUACACUAUGGCGCCAUCAUAGGUGGCAUUGUCAGCAACACCCUGAGGCCGCCAGUACCGGACUCUUGUGAUCCGGAAUGGAAAGCAUUGAUGGAGAGAUGCUGGUCCUCAGAACCAGUCGAGAGGCCGAGCUUUACCGAGAUAGCAAAUGAGUUGAGAGCAAUGGCAGCCAAGAUACCUUCCAGGGGGCAGGCUCCAGCGCAGCAAGGUUCUUGAGCACAACCUCAAAAGUGAGUUUCCUGGCGAGUCGAUUCUUCCGUCGUGGCUCAAUAGAGGUAAUUUGCUGCAGUCAAUAUGGGUUAUUUGUAGGAAGGUUCAUUUGGCCUUUGUUUUUUACUUCCUCAGGUUUUUUACUUUAGUAGAGAUGAUUAUAGUUGCUAGACUCCUAUUGAGAGUGUCUAGGGUUUUGGGUUUGAGUUUCAAUGUGUUUGUUCUUGUGUGCAAAAAGGGUCAAAGAAAAAGAAGAAGAAAAUUUGUUUUUUGUACGUAGGAACUUUUUGUCUCUUUGACAAUCUUGUUAUAUAGAUUAUAUUUGGUGUAAGAUUGGAAGAAAAUGAGCUUUACUACCCAUGUUUCUUUUCCUGGUUCAUAGUUCCUAUCCUUUCCCAGGAAAGAGUAAGCUUAGAAAUGCAAAUUCUCGGAUCCAAAAUGACUUUGCAGAUCUAACUUACCUGUAGUUCUGCCUCUACCCAUGAGUUGGAUUCUGUUCUUGAUACAAAGAGGAUCACUGCACGUGCUUCCUUACACCUGAAUUCAUCUGAUGAACAUACUUCCAGAAGUUAGGUCAGAACCCACAACCCAUUUGCAGAAAAUGGAGUCAAAUCCAGGAAAGGAAGCAACUUUGUUCACACACAAACCACCCAAAGAAUCUUUUGAACUUCAGUUCUUCAGUUACUGACUCUGUUUGGCCGUCGCCUGCCGCCGCUGCCGCUUUAUACGUUAGUCAUUUCAUAGCCCUUGUUUCUUCCCUAUCUAAGAUCUAACCGGCGGCCGCUUUCGUUGAUCACGUGAACUGAUGAAAGCUGCAAUGAAGAUUAUGUCGGCAGGAUCUUUUUUUCCUGCGCAUAAGACUUAAUGGAUAGAUUUGGACUGUAGAAAGAAGAAGUCUUUUUGGGUCGUAUUUGCUUUGAUAUCAAGCACAAGAAGAAGAGUUGGAAUAGUCGUCAGUCGCGCGUAUGACAAAACUGACUCGUUUUACAAAGCCCGCGUAAACAAAGCGCACAAGGCACACACAACAACUUCGCAGCAAGGAGCCGGCAAGGUGGAAGAACCCGUGUUUUGAUUGCAACGCCAACUGAUUACAUUAACUCGAGUCUUCUUCAUUUCAUUUUAAUAAUCGAACUUAUCAGUUUUUUUUUACAGAUAUUUAGCGUCAUGGUCACUCAUUGUGAAAGAAGAUAUUUAGUUUCGUAACACUAAGAAAAAAAAUCGAGAAGAAGCUAAACAUGCAUAUACGAAAUGUAUAUCUUAAUAUUUAUACUUGUAGAACGUCGUUCGCAUACCAAAUUGGGUGAUAUUCGUUUGAAGUAUGAUUUGAGCUAGAUAGGUUCAUAAUUUGUGAUUCGAAGAAAACAAGCGGCAAAUGCUGCCCUGUUCACUUCCCAUUUCAUUUUCUGUUUUUUGGUUAAAAAAUGAAAAUCAGGAAACAAAUUGACAUAAAACGU